CUCCAUGACUCUUCCUUCUAGGGAUCUGCCUUGCUGUUUUUGUUGUGAUUCCUCUUUUUGGUCUCUGUAGAUAACCCUAAUAGCUCUUGGAUUCUAGCCUCAUGCUGUGCUCUAAGAUAAGUAGGAAGAAUAUUUCCACCACCUAAGAACAAAUUGAAGAAAGGCUCCGCUUAUUGUCAUGGGUGGGAUUCUCACUGAUGUCGCAAGCAGAGACUGUGAGAUAAACACACCACACGCCUCACCCUGCCGCAGCCUCGGAGACAAAGAGGCAGAAGUCAGAGAAACAGCAGGUCACAUGCCCUACCAAUCCAAAGCCGAUUUCUUGAGUGGUGCAGGAGCUUCUGACCAAUCGAGGAAUCGGCAGUCGAUUAUCCAGUCGUCGAGGUUUGAGACCCCCCUUUUUUCCUCACGUGGUUUACCCCACCGCCGUUGGAGAAGGGGAGGGAGACGGAGCUGACCACACCGGAGAGGGGGAGAAACGCAUUUCAGGUUACCGUGGUCUCCACCAUGAUCUCACAGUGCUUACAAGAUUUCUUAAAAAUUGUAAAUUUUCGUCCUCGGAGUUCCAAAUUACAUCAGUGUUUAAGAAGUAGCAAAAAUGGUUUCAGCACCAAGUCACUUUCCAAACAUCAAAGGCGAGUAGUUGUCACAGGUAUUGGUUUAGUGUCUCCUCUUGGUGUUGGGACUCAAUUCGUGUGGAAUCGCCUUCUCCAAGGAGAAAGUGGGAUUAUCUCUCUGGAUGGGGAAGAAUAUACAAGUGUUCCAUGUAGAGUGGCUGCUUGUGUGCCAAGAGGAAAUGGCAAGGGUCAGUUCAGUGAAGAGAACUUUGUGUCAAAAUCAGAAAGCAAAUCCAUGUCUUCUGCCACUAUCAUGGCCUUGGGUGCUGCAGAGCUAGCAAUAAAAGACUCUGGCUGGCAUCCACAGUCUGAAAUGGAUCACUUAACUGCUGGUGUGGCAAUUGGAAUGGGAAUGGUUCCACUGGAAGAUAUUUCCAAUACAGGCUUGCUGUUUAAAACAAAAGGUUAUAACAAAGUCAGCCCAUUCUUUAUCCCUAAGAUCUUAAUCAAUAUGGCAGCAGGUCAGAUCAGCAUUAGAUACCAACUCAAGGGGCCCAAUCAUGCUGUGUCAACUGCUUGUACCACAGGAGCACAUGCUGUUGGAGAUUCCUUUAGAUUUAUAGGCUAUGGUGAUGCUGAUGUGAUGUUGGCUGGAGGAACAGAGGCUUCUAUUAGCCCCUUGUCUAUAGCUGCAUUUGCAAGAGCUCGGGCACUCAGCUCUAACUUUAACUCAAGCCCUAAACUGGCAUGUCGACCGUUCCACUCGCAGAGAGAAGGAUUUGUAAUGGGAGAGGGUGCAGCUGUGUUGGUGUUGGAAGAAUAUGAACAUGCUAUUCAAAGAGAAGCCAGGAUCUAUGCAGAAAUUUUAGGUUAUGGACUCUCUGGUGAUGCUUGCCAUAUAACAGCACCUAAUCCAGAUGGAGAUGGUGCUUUUAGAUGUAUGUCUGCAGCAAUAAAAGAUUCUGGAAUAUGUCCUGAGGAUAUAACAUAUGUCAAUGCACAUGCCACUUCUACACCACUAGGAGAUGCUGCUGAGAAUCAAGCUAUCAAGAGACUUUUUAAAGAGCAUUCAUACACUCUUGCAGUUUCCUCAACAAAGGGAGCAACAGGACAUCUCCUGGGGGCUGCAGGGGCUAUAGAGGCAGCUUUUACUGCACUGUCCUGUUACCAUGGAAUUUUACCACCUACUCUCAACCUGGAUAAAACUGAGCCGGAGUUUGACCUUAAUUAUGUUCCGCUAACAGCCCAAGAGUGGCAAAGUGAAAAACGACGCAUUGCUCUCACUAAUUCAUUUGGCUUUGGUGGUAGUAAUGCAACACUGUGCUUUGCUCAUGUUUAGCUUACAGAGUGUUGUGUGUGUGUAAAUACUACAAAUGCAGAUUGGUAAAUGGCCUGAAAAAUAAUUUGUGGUACUACAUUAUGUUUUGUUGUACUGUAACACUUUUUACAUGAACCAUAUCCCUUUUUAUCCAGUCACAUUGGCGACUUGCUUAUUUUUUUCUUAAGUCUUCCAGUCCUUACCUAUUUAUACUUCAGACUACAAAAGAAUGAGUAUUACUCCUUUAGAGUCUGAUCUUGCAAAUGCUAAGUGCUUUCUUUGUUUUCAUUCACUUCACUGGGAGGUUAGGAUGCUCUGCACUUGGCAGGAUUUAGUCCUUAGUAUGACAACUCCUGUUUGAUCAACAGCCCCAUUCACCUCAUUCUCCCCUUUAAUAUAUUGUUUGCAUUACUUCUGGUUAUUACUUUGAAAUACCAAAUUCAGCACUUUAAUUAGGAAUGUCAUAUUUUAAAAAGAAAGGUAUUAAAGUUGAAAAUGCUCUAAAAUGCUUUAUAUUAAAUUAAAUAUUCAAAAGUACAUACCACUGUUAAAAAACCUAUUAAUUGCGCUCUCUCUCUCUUUUUUUUUUUU